AUGAGAACCCUCGCGCUUCUGGUCGUGUCGCUCGGCGCUUCCGCUUUCGCUCGUUCAGUCGACACUCAGUCUCAGCAAGCACUUAUUCCUCAAGAUGAAGAGGCUUCCAGUCAGGACAGGUACUUGAUUGAACUGAGUUCAGGGGAAACGAGGUGGGUCGUGGAGGAGGAAAAAUGGGAACUCAAGAGAAAUGGAAUCAAGUUCAUGGACAUUACUGAAACUGGAGACACAUACCCAUAUGCGGCCGCAUCGAAAACAGCUGCGAAUGCGAUCACCUAUCCCUCGAAACCUGAGCACAAGCACGAGGUCAAGGCUUUGAUGAAGACGUUGGACAAGGACAACAUGCGCAAGCACCUCGAAGGUCUCACGUCGUUUCACACGCGCUACUACAGGAGCCAGAGUGGCAUUGAUGCAGCUCUGUGGUUGCAUGACCAGAUAGAGCAAGCCAUUGAAGCAUCCGGCGCUUUCAACUACAGCGCUUCUCUGAACUUGUUCCCGCAUUCAUGGGGACAGUCGAGUAUCAUUGCUCGGUUUCCUGGGCGAACAAACCACACGGUCGUGAUUGGUGCACAUCUGGACAGUAUCAAUAUGUUCUUCCCCUAUCUCCGUGCGCCUGGUGCCGAUGAUGAUGGCAGCGGGACGGUGACCAUCCUCGAGGCUCUGACGGCUCUGCUGAAGUCGGACAAGAUUGUGAACGGCUCAAGUGAGAACACGGUCGAGUUCCACUGGUAUUCGGCCGAAGAAGGGGGUCUUCUUGGGAGCCAAGCCAUCUUCAAGUCCUAUCACGAAGAAGGAAAGGACAUCAAAGCUAUGAUCCAGCAAGACAUGACAGGCUACGUCGAGCAAACCCUUGCAAACGGUAAACCAGAAUCGGUUGGAGUGAUUACAGACUUUGUGGACCCAGCUCUGACCAAGUUUGUCGAGAGCAUCAUUACCGCCUACUGUGAUAUCCCAUACACACUGACCAAGUGCGGAUACGCCUGCUCCGACCACGCUUCGGCGAGCAAAUACGGCUAUCCCUCAGCAUUUGUGAUUGAAUCGGAUUUUGAAUAUUCGGACAAGAAAAUCCACACCACAGACGAUGUCAUCAAGUACCUGAGCUUUGAUCACAUGCUUCAACACGCUAAGAUGACCCUGGGGUUUGCAUAUGAAGCCGCCAUGGCCAAGUUCUGA